AUGGUUACUCCUACGGCUGCCCGCUUCAUGCAGGCUUCUCGAGCCCGCCUCUUCCGCCCUGGUGGCCAGCAACAGUUCGGUUUUGUCAACCGUGAGAACCGAGUCCCUUUCUACCAACGCCUCUUCCAGAACGGUGAUGGCAGGAGACAAUGGAGGAAGACCUCUCGUUCCCCGUUCCUCCUCUACCCCUACUACGCCUUGAACUAUGGCCUCCUCGCCUGGGUUUUGUGGGGUGCCGGCCGUGCAUCUCUCGGCUACAAGUCACCUUGGGGCAAAUGA